AUGAACCGGCAAUUUAGAGAACUUAGAAUCGAUGGAGAUCGUGAAAGCAGCUACGGGAGGGUUUUUUCUGUGUCCGGUCCAGUUGUGACUGCGGAUAGGAUGGCAGGUUCAGCCAUGUAUGAACUGGUUCGUGUCGGCCAUGACAACUUGGUGGGUGAGAUUAUUCGACUGGAGGGAGACACUGCAACGAUUCAAGUCUACGAAGACACCUCCGGUGUGACUGUUGGAGAUCCCGUGCAGAAAACCGGAAAGCCGCUCUCCGUUGAGUUGGGUCCGGGUAUUCUAGACAGUAUUUUUGACGCACCGUGUAGGCGCGCUAGAACAUACUUUGCUAAUGAGGUUUGUGGAAGGGGUUCAGCUGCUGCUGCUGUCGUGAUCCCCGCUUUCAUGUUCAUGUCUACCCUGCGCCCGGGCAUGCACAUAACCGGUGGAGAUAUCUACGCCACGGUGCAUGAGAACAGUCUGGUACAGCACAAGCUUAUGCUGUCUCCGAAGGACCAGGGCACCAUCCGGUGGAUCGCUCCGCCCGGAAACUACACCAUCUUAGACAAAGUCUUGGAGACAGAGUUUGACGGUGAAGUGACGGAACACUCCAUGCUGCAGGUCUGGCCUGUCCGAACGCCGCGUCCGGUUGCGGAGAAAUUGCCCGCAAAUAAUCCCCUUCUCACCGGACAACGCAUUCUCGACGCUCUCUUCCCGUGUGUCCAAGGUGGUACUACGGCUAUCCCCGGAGCCUUCGGUUGCGGUAAGACGGUCAUCUCGCAGUCCCUCUCCAAGUACUCCAACUCCGACGUAAUUAUCUACGUGGGUUGCGGUGAACGUGGCAACGAGAUGUCUGAGGUGUUGCGCGAUUUCCCAGAGGUGCGUUGA